AUGCCAACAACCAUCACCAAGCUAAAGAAACUGCAAUACCUUCGUGCUAGUACCACCAAACCAACUGAGGAACAACCAAUACCUGAUACUACCGGUGCACCUGAACCUACCGAGAAACAACCAACCCCAUGUACCACGGUAUCAUGGACAUCAUCUUUGUUCCGCAGACAUCGACAGCUAGAGGGUGUUGAGGUGCCUACUGGGAUAGACAAAAUGACUGCAUUGCACACCAUCGGUGUUGUUAAUGUCAAUUCUGCUCGGGGGAGGGCCAUCUUGAAAGAGGUCAAGAAGCUCACCCAAUUGCGCAAGAUUGAAGUGUCUGGAAUCAGUAGGAACAACAACAAAGAUUUCUGUUUGGCCAUCUCAAGUCAUGCACAUUUAGAAUCCUUAUCGGUUAGGCUCAAGGACAAUCAGGAUUGCUUGUAUGUCACCCUAGAUGGCUACCUUCCCCCCAAGAACCUACAGAGCUUUAAACUGUAUGGUCUUGCAGACAAGUUUCUAGAGUGGAUCAAUUAG